UUGGAGAAUCAUCCCGUGCCUGUUCAGCAAAAUGUGAAACCCCCUGACGAAGAGUUGUGGUUCGAUGUGGGGAUCAUUAAAGGGACAUCUUGUGUCGUCACUCACUAUUUUUUGCAUGGGGAUCAGUCAUUGGAAAGCACUUAUGGGAAUGAUUUUGAUGUUGGUAUGCAUGCUGGUCAAGUGAAUUUUCUUCGUAAGGCAGAACUUGAACCAGGAACUGCUUAUCGCUUCCGAGUAGCAGGUAUCAACUCUAUAGGACGCGGUCCGUGGAGCGAAGUUUCUGCCUUCAAGACUUGCCUUCCUGGCUUCCCGGGAGCACCUUCCUCAAUCAAAAUUACCAAAGGGCAAGAUGGCGCUCAACUCACAUGGGAGCCCCCUCAAAAUGUUGCAGCUGUCAUUCUUAACAUUGUUAUGAAUAAGCCUUUUAUAAACAUUUAUUUGUAUCAUGUAUGCACUCCAGGUCGAAUUUCUGAGUAUAGCGUCUACCUAGCUGUGCGGAAUAACUCCGGAACUAGCGACAACCAACUGGCAUUCAUGAGAGUGUAUGUGGGUGUUGAGCCGGAAUGUAUUGUGAACCAGACAAAUCUUGCUGCUGCUUAUGUAGACCAGUCUACGAAACCAGCUAUCAUCUUCAGAAUUGCAGCCAGAAAUGAAAAGGUAACACUCAAUGCUACGCUUGUUUUGUUUAAAAAAAAACACAUUCAACCACAUGUUGUAAAGGGCCGUAUCGUUGAUAAUUCCUAUAUCCAAACUUCUUGGGCCUCAAUGGGAUUACAUUAAAC